AUGAAACAGCCACACCCAGAGCUUACUGGAAACUGGGACAGCGGUGGUCCAAGUCCACCCACAUUGAAUGGGGGAUGCAACUCCUUCUGUCCAGAGAAAGAGGGAGGGCCUGAGCUGGCAGGGAAUGAGGAUACUUUGCUUCACUGUGGACAGAACCUUCCAGCACAUUCGGCAGGCCGACCGGGGGCGCAAUAUCCCAGCAUCCACUGUGACCAACCAGCACAAAACCUCCACGUUCAGGAGAGGCAACAUCCGGACACAAGGUCCGCCGGCUUUCAGAGGAACCUCAGCUCCCCUUCGCUGGGUAGCAACUGCGGCAGCUUAAACGGUGAUAGGGCGUCUCUCACCUACCCGAUCAAACAGGAGGGUUCCCUAGGCUACAAAAUCCCGACGGGGCUUGGGCUUUCGUCCCCCCAGGGCCCGUUUUCGAGCGGGAGAGCUGGGAUGGGAGCGGGACGAGGGGCCCCUCCCGAGAUGGAAACUCCACACAGCAGCAGCGGUAGCUGCGGCAGUGGCGGCAGCAGCUUAGCGAGCGCGCUUUCGGCAGCGGCGGCCGCGUACCCAUUUAAUAAUGAAGAUGGCUCCUCCCCGCUGUCAUUGUCCCCAGGCAACUCACGUCAUUCAGCGCGGCUCCUCCACGCGAGCAGCCUGAAGAGACGUUGCCUGUCCCAGUCGGCCGCUGCCAGCACCGCCUCCUCCGAGGGGAUCGAUAUCACCGCCAUAAUCUGCUCGUCCCAGAUGUCCGUGGUGGCCUGCGUAAACGGGCUGCGGACCAACCCUUCACCCCCCACUGCUAGCCUCCACCGGACGCCUAGCACUCCCUCCAAAAACCUGCCGCUUCCCUCCAGCCCUCAGCCUUUACAGGAGACCUGCCAGCUACCUUCUCCCGCUGCCUGCCUGCUGUCACUCUCUUCCUCCUCUUCCUCAUCUUCGUCAGUGUCAUCCGUGGAGCCCGAGGCAGGGCCGUGCGAGGAGACCGGCUCCAUGCAGUCAGGCUGCGGGGUUGGUAUGGAGGGUCUGGGCCUGUUGAUGAGCGGGACUCUGAUGAGUGGGUCUCUGCAGUCAGGCUCUGUGUUGGAGGGUUGCCAACGGGCCGGGGUACUGAAACAGGAGCCGCUGGACGAGUACUCCCCCACCGAGGAGGAGCUCUUUCACCAUCAUUACCACCACCUGACGACCCGUGGGCAUCACCGCGUCCACCCCCACCCUACAGCCCCCCCACGGCCCUCCAUGCCCCCACCCUACCACCUGCAUCAAUAUGUGGGCUCUGGCCCUGGUACCCUUCUGCACCUACAGGGCCAGACCACGUCAUCUUCCCUGCUGCCUGCGCCCAAGCCCUCACCACUGGCCGGACAGCACGGGACAGGUUCCAACCAAGCAGGGGACAGGGAGGACGCGGGCGCGUUCAACGAUAAACAAGUUUGCCGCUGGAUUGACUGCAGCGCUGCCUACGAGCAGCAGGAGGAGUUGGUGAGGCAUAUUGAGAAGGUACACAUCGACCAGCGCAAAGGCGAGGACUUCACCUGCUUCUGGGCCGGGUGCAUCCGCCGUUACAAACCCUUCAAUGCUCGCUACAAGCUGCUCAUCCACAUGAGGGUCCAUUCUGGGGAGAAACCCAACAAGUGUAUGUUUGAAGGCUGUAAUAAGGCAUUUUCGCGCCUGGAGAACCUGAAGAUUCACCUGCGCAGCCACACAGGAGAGAAGCCGUACCUGUGCCAGCACCCUGGCUGCCAGAAAGCUUUCAGCAACUCCAGUGAUCGAGCCAAGCACCAGCGUACACACCUGGACACUAAACCAUACGCCUGUCAGAUCCCUGGAUGCACCAAACGCUACACAGACCCCAGCUCCCUCCGCAAGCACGUCAAGAUCCACUCCGCCAAAGAGCAACAGGUGCGUAGGAAGCUGAGAGCCUGCCCUCACCUCGAGCCGGAUACCCUGAGUGAGUGUUUAUCAGUUCAGCACCUGCAUGGCUCCGCCCCCUCCCAACAUCCCCCUGCGUUGGGUCAGGACAUCUUUACAGGCCUGUACACUGGCUCCAGCACAGCCCAUAAUGGAGCCUCAGUAGAGAUCCUCUCCCCUGGCCCAGACCUGCCCCCCAGGCAGCCUCCUCGCCUGGACACAGACAUCGGCAGCCCCCACCAUCUGUCCCCUCUGUCCACCAUGGAGAACACCCAGCGGGAGGGUCCAAUGAAGACGGCAGCCUCCCCUCCACCCACACUGGACAAGCAGCAUAACUCUACAGCCAAUCAGCAACAUAUCCAUGCCCACCAUAAAUCCUACGCCAAUUUCCACAACAUACCUGUCAGCGAAGAUUACCGGGGCAACUUCCAGAGCUGCUUUCAUUUUGGAGAUAAUUACAGAAUGGAGCAGUCGUUCAGCAGUGUUCAUCUACCUGGUGACUCACAUAGUUUUACUCAACACCAACACAAUGGUUUUCACAUGAGCAGCUCCACAAGCACCUCCUCCGCAGGCUUCAAUUUGGUACCAGAUAUCCCAGGUUCUGGGUGCCAGUUCUCCCCGGGCGCAGAGGAAAGCAUUUUCUUUCAGGUGGGCAGCUUUGACCGCAACCUGAGCCAAAUGUCCUCCAUCUACACAGAGACGUAA